GGGCGGGGGCCAUGCACCCGGAAGAGCGGCCCGCGGAGCCAAGGCGACAGGCGGCGGCUGGGGGCCCGACAUGGACAAGCUGAAGAAGGUGCUGAGCGGCCAGGACACCGAGGACCGCAGCGGUCUGUCCGAGGUUGUGGAGGCGUCGUCCUUAAGCUGGGGCACCAGGAUAAAAGGCUUCAUCGCAUGUUUUGCCGUAGGAAUCCUCUGCUCACUGCUGGGUACUUUCCUGCUGUGGGUGCCCAGGAAAGGACUGACCCUCUUUGCGGUCUUUUACACCUUGGGGAACAUGGCAUCAAUUGGGAGUACCAUCUUCCUCAUGGGGCCAGUGAAGCAGCUGAAGCGCAUGUUUGAGCCUACGCGUCUCAUCGCCACCAUCCUGGUGCUGCUGUGUUUUGCACUAACCCUGUGCUCCGCCUUUUGGUGGCAUAAAAAGGGGCUGGCGCUCAUCUUCUGCAUUUUGCAGUCCUUGGCCUUGACCUGGUAUAGCCUUUCCUUCAUACCAUAUGCAAGGGAUGCUGUGAAGAAGUGCUUUGCUGUGUGUCUUGCGUAGGACACUGCCAGUCUGCAGAGAGCACCGUGGACCGAAGCUGGUGGACAGUUUUGUAAAUACCCUCUCAACUCUUGUCUCACAGACAUGUGCCUUUAACUUGCAGCAAUGCGUUGCUUGCAAAUUUGGACAUUUUUGAGGGUUGCCAUGGGAGCAGUCAUGAAUCCUAAACCCUAAUGGCUGUAGCACAAUGUGGGGUUCUGUGGCUAGUGUGGGGCACUCUUCCUCAUGACCAUUUUCCUCUCUGGAUGGUUUCACUCUCUGUUUAAUCAUAGCAGCAGAUAAGCCCCAGGAGCCACUGAUCCCCAGGCCACAGCAGGGAGGUCUACAGAGCUUAUAGGAAUACAACAGGACGUGCAGAAUUUUGUUGAAGAUUUGCCCCUCACCAAGGAAAUGGUUGUCACUGCCUCACAGAGUGUCUUCCCUGGUGUUUGAGAACAAGUGAUUCUGUCCUUCCUACGCCCCUGGAGAUCCCGCCCUGGAUACAUUGUUUCCCUCCUAUGAUGCGCCAUCUUGCUGUUCUCAAUCACAACUGGCUAUGGAAUGUGUUUUCUGGUGUUCAGUGUGGAUUCUUUCUCUUGUCCUCACCCUCCCAUGUCUCUUGUCUUGUGACCUUGGGCCACUGCUUGAUUGAGAGUGAGGUAGUGACCUAAAGUACUCUUUCCUUCUGGACAAGAGCCACCAGAAAGUGAAAAACCUUCAUGUUCCCUGCUCUGUUUAUUUUUCUUCAUUAUUUAUAAACAUUUACUUUUAUUGAUUUUAUUUUCCGUUCUUCGCUGGAGUUGGGCCAAAGAAAGUGCAUGGGAAGACCAAUCCCUUGUGGGGCUGGCAGGAAGUAGGUGGGCAUGCCUGCCAAGCAACUUCUCAGUGCUCCGGCAUUGGCACUCAGCCUGUGCUGUGGACACUGGAAAGACACCAGCCUGCAGGUGGUCAUGUCUCAGCCUGAUGACUAACCACACACACACACACAGUGUUCUUGUGUUGGUGAUCUCUCUGGUCCUCAUGAGAGCCCUGCGAGGAAGCAGGAUUGUUGUCUCACUGUGUAGUCGAGGAACCGAAGCUCAGAUGGGUUUCCAUGUCCCCUGAGGCUACAGCUGUGGCAGGGUCAAGCCAGAGUCUGGAUGCCUCGCUUCCAGUCUCCGUCAUGAUGACAUGGCUCUGGUUAAACCUGCCAUCAUCAUAAACCUUUCCUUGUUUUCAUCAUCCUAAUCCGUACCUUUUCAGGUUUCAGCGUCUAUGUUACCUGUGUCCUCUUCUACCUGCUCCUCCAUCUCAGUUUUGGCAAGCUUCCCUCUGUAUCUGAGUGUGGUCAUCCCAUGUUCCCUUUCAGCUGCGCUGUGCUUCCCGGGCCUCAUCAGAGUUCCUGGUAAUCUAGGUUUGCCCUCCGCUCUUUGUGCAAGGCCAGAUCUUCUCUGGUCCCUGCCUUGCUACCUGCAGACCAAAGGCAGUGAGAGCUCAUCUCUUUGGUCGUGGCCAGUUGCUGAACUGUGGCUAAUAACUCUGUCUUUUCUUCUGAGAUGGAGAAGAAUGGAUAGGCUCAAUCAGUCCAGAUUCUUGCCAUGCUGUUGAAGGCACCUGUGAGGUCUUCAACCUGUCUUCUUCAGUCAGGAAGGAAAAUCAUGUGCUAUCCUCUGGCUUUGUGAGGCACAAUCAUGUCCGAGGGGCUUUGGGAAUCAGUUCAGGUCGCAGAAGCGCUCAGUGUCAGAAGGGGCGUGGAGAGUUUAGGGGUGUUCCUAGCUGACCCGAGGCUAGGCUAGCUGCUUCAAGUUCCAACUAUCCUGGAGUCAUGCACGUAAAUAAGGCUGACCCCUCCAUGCCUUUUUCAGUGACCAAGUACCUCUUAAAGAUGUUAGAAGGGCCGAAUAGCAUAGCCAUAUGAAUGUGGGCUUAGAAAACAAGCAGGUCUGGGUGUGAGCUGUGGUCCAGUCACAUGUUGGUUGAGUCCUUUGAAGUUGCCCAAUGUUUGGUUCCUCAGUUUCUCUGUUUCAAAAUAGCAGGCUGACAAAUGGUGCUGGGUUGUGGGAGGAUGCAGUGAAAGAUGACUGGAUCAAGUGCUUGGUCUGGGGCCCAGCAGAGAUCUCUGCAUAGCUCCUAAAGGUGACAGGAUGAAUGCUUGGCCAUUAAUUUGUCUGGCGUACUUAAUACUGUGUGUAUUGCUGUAGACUCUGCCAUACAUUAUCUCAUUCAAUGGUCACAGGGACUGCCAGGCAAGAGAUGCUGCCUUUAUCCUUAUGAAGUAGUAGCUGCUUCAGAUGCUCUUACCAGCGGGGAUCAGUGAGGAGGCUCUGGGGGUGGGGUGGGGGGAUGGCAUCUUGGAUAAAAGGCUUUUGGGCCUAAUUCCUACAGCCUGUGGCCAGUUUGUCUCAACAGCUUGACUCUGGACACAUUGAAGCAUCUUUUGGAUGGCUGUCCUCCAGUAUCUUCCAGACUCCCAGAUUAUUUCUUCAGUUGCCUUAUCCUUUGGUUAUUUCCUUUCCUGCUUUUACUGGACUGUGGAAGGAAGAAAUCCACUUCAAAUCUGCUUACGUCUUGUACCAGGCCAAUAGCAUCGGUUAGAAGCAACGUAGUGAGGGAGGCUUUAGUGAAGAAUUUAGGGCCUCUGACGCCGGCUGUUGGUGGUGUCUGUUUCCUCCCCCCGCUUCACACCCCCCAGUUCGCUGCCUGGUGAGGGGACACCACUGUUUUGGGGAGUGAUGGAAACUCUUGAGUGACCUUUGUAGAGGGGAAUGUGGUACUCAAUCAGGGUGUCUUUCCAGGUUUGGGGAGCCUCUGGCCUGGGUGCUGCCUUCCCUGGGCUGUCAUCUGUGGAGUGCUACACUCAGAGGACCACUGUGCCUUCUGAACCAGGAGAGUAGCUUAGGGUCCCCUUGGCCCCCCUCUACUCCUGGCUGACUGUUGGGACGCUGUGAAGGUGGGUCCCUGCUCACUGAGUUCUGUCUCUCACAGCUGACAGGCUUUCCCUUUCACAGACUAAUCCCUGAGGAAGCUUUUGUCUCUCCUGCUCCUCAGUAUGGCUGCUGCUCAGGCCCCAGCUCCAGGCAUCCUGUCUUGGGGAAGGGUGAAAUACCAUUCCCAGCUCAUCAUUUUCACUACAGAGAUUGUCUCAGUGCUGGGGUGUCUGUUACUCUCAUGGUGACUUUGUGGAUUAUGUCUUAAGUGCCACCUUUCUUCCACAUAGUCACUGUAGGCUGAGAGAGCAAGGAAUGAAAUCAAGGAAUGCAUUCCAUAGGAAAAUUACUUUUUAAUACUCCAUUAGAAUAGAUAGUUAGCUGGGCAGCAUCUGAAGCAGAUGUGGAGGGCUGCGCUGGUUUGGCUUCUGAUAUCCCUGUGAGUGACGAGUGCUGCAGUAUGGGAUGAGGCUUGGUGAAAUGAACUGGGCAGCCACGGUACACCUCAGGACUGUGGAUUUCCUUUCCUCUGGGCACCUUAUGCCCACCCGUGUGUUUACUUUUCCUCCGGUAACGUCUCGUUAGAAUCAGUUACACACACUUUGAAUUCACAACCAAGCCUAAAACUUAUUUUCAGCUAGUUAAGAAAAAAAGAAAAAUCAGUGUUUAAAACAAUAUAAAGAUGUUUGCUAGGCCUUGUGGCAGUUUUUUGUCUUGUUUUUAAUGUCCAAGUUCUUUUUUUUUUUUUUUUAGUUUUAUUUUGGGUUUUGGUUUCCGGUUACCUUCUUUUU